CAGGCUGGACUCGAGGAAGUGUUUCAGUCUUGCAAUCUCACUCCGAGCCAAGCUUGCCUCCAUCACCAUGGAGGACACAGGAGGCUCUAAGCUCAUUCAAAAUCGGACUUUGAGUAUCGGCGCAGAUUCCAAAGUGAUUUCUUUGACGCCUACUUUCCAGGAUUCAGUCACUUGGAUUCAAAAGAACAUCUCCAAGAAGGAGUGUUGCUUCUUCUCUGAAAAGGGUGCCAGUUCUUCGGCUCAACAAAAAGAGGACGUGUGCAUGUGCGGCUACUCCAAAAGCGAGCAUGUGGCCGACGCCAUUUGGACAGAAGACAGGGGCGAUGGCACCUGGGACCCGCACGUGCACGUCCGUGAAGUACCUACAGAUGCUUUUGGGGAGAUCAGCUUUGGUGGUUUGAGACAGACGACGACCAAGUAUGCUCGAGUGUCCACAGAGACCAGUCCUGAGGUGCUAUACCAGCUAAUGACUGAGCAGUGGAAAGUAUUUCCACCCAACCUACUCAUCUCGGUCACCGGGGGAGCCAAGAACUUCUACCUGAAGACCCGUCUGAAGAACAUCUUCCAAAGAGGUCUCAUCAAAGUGGCCCAGACAACAGGCGCGUGGAUCAUCACAGGUGGAACCAACACUGGUGUCAUGAAGCAUGUGGGGCAGGCUGUGAGGGAUUACUCCCUUAGUAGCUCCAUGCAAGGCCAGAUUGUGACCAUUGGCAUGGCAACAUGGGGAGUCAUUCAUAAUAAAGAAGUCUUGGUGAAUUCCCAGGGAUGUUUCCCGGCUCAUUACCCGAUGGACGUCAAGGGUAGACUGCCUCGCCUUGACAACAACCACACUCACUUCCUGUUGGUGGACGACGGCACGUACGGCCGCUACGGCUUCGAGACCAAUCUGAGGAGUCGUCUGGAGAAGUUCAUCUCUGAAAAGACUCUUGGAAACAAAGCUGUUGGAGUGAACAUCCCUGUGGUCUUAGUGGUUUUGGAUGGAGGAGCAGGCACUCUCAAUACCAUCUACACGGCCAUGCUCAACGACACGCCGUGCGUGGUGUUGGAGGGUUCCGGGAGAAUGGCCGACGUGAUCGCCCAUGCGGCGGGGCUACCCGUCAAACAGGUCACCAUCAGCCUCAUUGACCGUCUGGUCAAGAAAUUCCUCAGCAAGGAGUACGACAACUUCAGUGACCUCACAAUCAUCGAUUGGACUAAGAAGGUAGAAGAACACAAUCGCCUUCUCGUCGUCUUGCGUUUUUGCAUCCGCUUGCCUUUCCAGAUUCAGGACAUCAUCAGGAUGUCUCACCUGCUGACGGUGUUCAGAGGAGGUGGAGACAGUCACGGAGACGUGGAUGUGGCCAUUCUCCAAGCACUCUUUAAAGCUUCAAGGGUUAGCGCAUCACAAGUAGUGGACGGGUGGCGGAGGCAGCUGGAACUGGCUAUAGUAUGGAACAGAGUGGACAUAGCCACCACUGAGAUCUUCACCGACGAGAGUCAAUGGAAGUCCAGUGAUCUUCACUGGGCCAUGUUCUCAGCCCUGGUGGGCAACAAGCCUCGGUUUGUGAGCCUCUUGCUGGAGAACGGCGUGUGUUUGAGGGAGUUCCUACAGAGCGAAGACACUCUGUGCGGACUUUACAAGCAGCUGCCCAACUGUUUCUUCCUGCGUAAAUUGGCCAAGCGCGUCCACACCUCCUGCUUCCGGAGGAGGAAAGUGUUCGCCGUCAGGAACCGCGUGCACUCUUCGCAGACUGAGGGCAUCGCCUUGAAGCAUGUGUCGGAUGAAGUGCGCCACCUACUGGGGAAUUUUACCCAACCCAUCUACCCGCCACCCACAACCAUGUACCACUUUAACAUGGAGGACGGGACAUCGCUGUCGAGAAGCCUGUCGGGUUCCCAAGCUCCGCUCAGAGUGGACCUUGCUGAGGCCCAGAGAGACCCAGCCAGAGACCUUUUUCUUUGGGCUGUCGUCCAGAAAAAUAAAGAGCUGUCUGAAAUCACCUGGGAACAGUGUACAGACUGUGUGUCCGCCGCUCUGGCCGGCUGCAAGAUCCUGAGGAAAAUGGCCGAGGAGGAAAGCGAUGCAGACGAGGCCGCCAAUAUGCAAGAGCUAGCUGAUCACUUUGAGAUGCACGCCAUCGGUGUGUUCACCAAGUGUUACAGCGAGAGUGAGGAGCGGGCUAAGAGGCUCCUGGUUCGUGUGUCACCAUUUUGGGGGAAGACCACGUGCCUGAGGCUAGCGCUGGAGGCUAACUGUAAAAGCUUUGUGGCGCUGUCAGGUGUCCAGGCCCUCCUGACUGAGAUCUGGUGUGGAGAACUUUCAGUAGACAAUCCAGUGUGGAGAGUGACCAUCUGCAUGAUUUUCUUUCCGCUUAUCUACACUGGCUUCCUGACUUACAGACCCGAUGAUCUAAUCCAGAAGCAAAAUAAGAAAUGUGAGGAUAUAAAGACGGUGGCGAGCGUCACAGGAAGUGUGCACCGAACUAAAACUAAGAGUCCUGAUCCCACAACCAUGAAGUCUCUGAACUGCUGGUCCAGGCUGACUUGCCUCUACAGCUCGCCGCAGGUCAAGUUCUACUGGAAUAUCGUGUCCUACUUUGCCUUCCUCUUCCUUUUUGCCAUUGUGCUGAUGAUGGACUUUCAGACCACGCCCUCGCCGGCGGAGAUUCUGCUGUAUGUGUGGCUCUUCUCUGUGGUGACCGAGGAAGUCCGGCAGUUUAUUUAUGACCCAGAUGGCUUUGGGUUCCACAAAAAAGCCAGGAUGUACUUUCGUGAGCUUUGGAAUAUUUUGGAUGUUCUGUCCAUCAUCCUCUUCAUCAUCGGCCUUGUCUUUCGGCUGACGACCAAGCUGUUCUACGCAGGCAAGGUCGUCCUCUGCCUCGACUUUGUUGUCUUCUGCUUGCGUCUCAUGGCCAUCUUCAGCAUCAGUCGGACGCUUGGCCCUAAGAUCAUUAUUGUCAGGAGGAUGAUGAUGGACAUGUUCUUUUUCAUGUUCCUGCUGAGUAUCUGGGUGGUGGCGUACGGGGUAGCCAAACAGGGCAUCCUUAUCCACAAUGACAAUCGACUGCAGUGGAUUCUCCGGGGCGCCGUAUACGAGCCCUACCUCAUCUUAUUCGGCAACGUCCCCACCAACGUGGAUUAUUCAGAAUUUCACUUGGACUCCUGCAGCAUGAACGGCAGCGACCCCUUGAAACCCAAAUGUCCCGUGCUGAAUGAGAACCAAACCCCGGCCUUCCCUGAGUGGCUCACCAUCAUCAUGCUGUGCGUCUACCUCCUCUUCGCCAACAUACUUCUGCUCAACCUACUGAUCGCCAUCUUCAACUUCACAUUCCAGGAAGUGCAAGACAACACAGACCGUAUAUGGAAGUUCCAAAGAUACGAGCUCAUUAAGGAGUACCACAGUCGCCCCGCUGCCCCUCCUCCCUUCAUCAUCCUCAGUCACCUUUCCAUCUUUAUCAGGAAUGUGGUUCUUUGCAGGCCGCCGCUUAAAUCACGGAAAUUCAGGACCGAGCUUCCUCACAUUGAAGAGGAGAAGCUUCUGUCAUGGGAGGCCCUGAUGAAGGACAGAUACCUGCUGUCCACCCAGCAACAGCAGAGUCAGACGAUGGAACGAUGCACCUCGGCAAUACCAAAAUCAAUUCAUCUAGACUCUACAGUUAUGCACAUGGUCAACGCUAUAACAGAUCGGCUAGAGCGGGAAGAGGAGAUAAGCUCUGCCAUCUUGAUUAAGCGUCUGGCCCGACUGGAGGAGCAGGUUGUCCACUCAGUUAAAGGCCUGCAGUGGAUCAUGGAGAGUCUGGAGUCCAAGGGCCUCGCUGGGAAAGAGGAGCAACCACUCCCGGUCCCUUCAACUGUAGAAGAAUCUUCAGAGACCUCGGAUUCAGAGACCUCGGAUUGCGUCAACGAGACAUACGACUUCCAUGUCAAAGCCCGACAGUUCCACUACCCAAAUAGCGAAGUCACCCGCUUCCCCGUACCUGAGGAGAAGGUGCCGUGGGAGGUCAGCUUCAGCUCAUACGAGCCUUCAUAUUUUAGCUCAGAGGACAACACGGAUGGAUCAGACGCUGAAGUCUUGGAAAAUUUCAGAAACCCUGGAGGGAGGACGGGUAUCAGAGGUCAGGGUUCACUCAAUCAUCUGGGUGCAAAUCUUCACGUAGACCUCGUGAUUACACGCUUGCGGGACAGCGGCCGCUCAGUUUUGGAGUUUCUAGCAGUUGAAGACAAGCAGAAAAAGAUGGUUCUACCAUGGGGACUACUUGAAUCUCCGCGAGAUCUGCCGUCGGCUGUGUUGAGAAUCAUGGGCAACAGCUCGUGUGAAAAAUUACUUGAAAAAGCAGAGAUAAAACUGUUUGAUGGAUACGUGGACGACGUCAGAAACACAGAUAAUGCCUGGGUGGAAACCACGGUAUACAACAUUCAUCUGGGCUCAAGUGAGGAUUCGGAGGAAAUCGUCAACAUGAUGAGGGAAGACAAUUUCUGGUGCAGUCGUGGCUCUCUGAAGUGGGAGGAGGUGAGCAGCAAAAAUGGACUUUGCUCAGACCAAAGCGACUCUCUGAUGCGAGUCGCCAAGUGGCGUAACAGGGAUUCAUAACUCUGGUGGAGCUAUCUACGUAUGUCACGUCAAGGUUGCACUGAAGCCAUAUCAUCACACGCUGCUCAAGUGUCAUGCAACCUCAGUGAAAGCAUGCACAAUCUUUCUUUCAUUUAGGUGUCAGUGUUACUGCUCUAUGUUGCUGUUACUUGAACUGUAAAUACUCACCAUAACAUGCAUCUUCUUGAUAAUCCUCUUGGACCAUAAUAAGCCACAUGUACGUAUACUUGAAAAUGCACAUCAAUAAAUACACAGUAAAAAGAAAACACAAUCAUCUCCAUAUGAACCUCUGCAAAGACUACUUGAAUGUUUACUUGAAUGUUUACUUGUAUGUUCCUGCUGUCAAGUAAUUUCAAUGUUGGGUUUAUUAAGGAAUUAUAAUUUUUACUUUGAAAAAAAUACUUAUUUACCUAAUGCGAACAAAAUAAAUAAAGCUUUUUUUGCGGAAAUAAUUUGCCACCUUCCUUUCCAGGGACUCACAAAUGCGAC